UUCAAUUUCGUUCGUUAAAAAAAAAUACACGAUGAAGAACAUCGCGAUUUGUUACAACGAGCACGCGAUUAAAGUGUCGGAUUCUUAUUGUUCGGGCGGCGGAUCUUCGAAACAAGGCAAUUCGUCGCACUCGAUCGCCCCUUCGAUUCAAAAUGCAGUCACGUGCAUUUACAAAGUCGAUCAGUACACGGCGAAGAAGAAGAAGAAGCAGUACUUUCUCAUCAGGCUCACAUGGUGCAACACUCUGCUGAAAAAGGGCUUCUCGAUCGCCGUUUGCGAAAACGCGUUUUCCGCUUUCAGCAAAACCUUCACAGUCGUACGCAAGGAGUACGGCCAAGAAACAUUCGAGUCGAGCAGUUUGAUUAUGGAUGUUUUCUGGGAUCUCCGGGUUGCCAAGUACGGGUCGGGCCCCGAACCCGUCGCCGGAUUUUACGUCGUGGUUUUGGCAAACUCCGAGGUUAGCCUAAUUCUCGGAGAUAUGGAGCAAGAAAUACUCGAGAUCAAGAAACGCGUUCUUGAAACGCGGGUUUCUCGAUUCACUUUAGUUUCGCGAAUUGAGCGUUUUUCAGGUACUAAUAAUAAUCAUAAAAAUAAUAAUAAUUAUACGGGUGUGUACGCGACGAGGGCGAAAUUCAGCGAGACGGGAAAUUGGCACGAGAUUUUGAUAAAGUGCACGGGAAACAAUUAUCAAGAUAUGGAAAUGCGUGUGUGCAUAGAUAAGAAGAGUGUGAUUGAGGUGAAGAGAUUGGGGUGGAAUUUCAGGGGAAACGGUACCGUAUUCGUCGAUGGGUUAUUGGUGGAUUUCAUGUGGAAUGUGCACGAUUGGUUGUUUAGUCCGACGACGACGACGAAAGGGUACGCUGUUUUCUUGUUCAGGACAAGGAGAGGGGCAGACAGCAGGCUUUGGUUGGAGGAGAAGAUUAAUUUUGAUGAGAAGCAGCUGAUUAAUGAUGAACAUGAAGAAAAGGUUGGAUUCUCUUUUCUGAUUUGUGCUUCUAAAAAUAAUCCAGAUUGAUUGAUGACUAUAUUAAUUCAUUAAUUAAUACUUUUGGCUUCUCCUUUAUUUAUUUUAAUAUUUUUUUUAAUCCCUUUUUUAGUUUUACACCUUUGAGUUUGCUGGUUUAUUUGUUGUUUGGUUUUUUUUUUUUUUGGGAUGUAAAUUGUAAUGAGAAACAAUAUUGCAAAAACAAGUAUAUUAUAUACAAAUAUGUUUUAUAAAUUCAAGUCUUGUUUCUUCAUUUUGGCACUUGAUUAAGAUAUUUUGUGUGUUUUACUUGGAUUUAUUGGUAUUUUUGUGUCUCUAGCACUUUUUUAUGUUU